AUGGUGAUCUCCAUUACAAUCAGCAGGCAGUUCUCAAGGGUACUCAAAGGUCAUACAAAAACUUCUGAACUUUCAUAUGAUGCUGUGAACUGUUUGGUGGGGGAGCUGACUUUCACUACCCAAGAAACUAUCACCAAUGCAGAGACAGCCAAAGAAUGGUUCUUGCAUGCUGCUACUGAUCCUUCAGCUGUGGCCAAGCAUUUUGUUGUUUUGUCUACCAAUGCUUCAAAGCUUUUAAAGAUUGCUGGUUUUACUUAUGGUAAAGACUUUAGAGUUGACCCAGAAAACAUGUUUGAGUUUGAGUUUUGGGAUUGGGUUGAUGGCUACUAUUCUCCGUGGUCUGCCAUUGGUCUCUCCAUUGCCCUGCAUAUUGGGUUUGACAACUUUGAGAGCCUGCUUGCAGGAGCCCACUGGAUGAAUAAUCACUUCCACACUGCCCCGCUGGAGAAGAACAUGCUUGUUCUUUUGGCCAUGCUGGGGGUCUGGUAUAUAAACUGCUAUGGAUGUGAAACCCAUGCCCUUCUGCCCUAUGACCAACACAUGCACCGCUUUGCUGCUUACUUCCAGCAGGGUGAUAUGGAAUCUAAUGGCAAAUACAUUACCAAGAAAGGCUCUCGAGUGGACUGCAGUACUGGCCCUAUUGUGUGGGGAGAGCCUGGCACCAAUGAGCAGCAUGCUUUUUAUCAACUCAUUCAUCAAGGAACUCACAUGAUUCCUUGUGACUUUCUGAUCCCAGUCCAGACCCAGCAUCCAGUCAGAAAUGGCAUGCAUCACAAGAUCCUUUUGGCCAACUUCCUUGCUCAGACUGAGGCCUUGAUGAAAGGAAAGACUGCUGAUGAAGCUUGUAAGGACCUUCAAGGAGCAGGACUGAGUGGAGAUGUUCUGGAGAAAUUCCUUCCCCAUAAGGUCUUUGAGGGGAAUCAACCAACCAACAUCAUAUUUACUAAACUCAACCCAUUUACUCUGGGAGCUGUCAUUGCCAUGUAUGAGCACAAGAUAUUUGUUCAAGGAUUUGUCUGGGAUAUUAACAGUUAUGACACUGGGGUUGAGCUUGGAAAACAACUUGCCAAGAAAAUUGAACCUGAACUGGAGUCAGAUGCUCCAGUGACAUCUCAUGAUAGCUCAACAAAUGGGCUCAUCAGUUUCAUCAAAAAACACAGAGCCUGA